AUGCGCAACUGGCCUCGCGUGGUGAUGCUUGCUGCGGCCGCGUGGACCGGCGCGGCCGCGGCCAGGGAGUUCCGGGCUCUGGUGUAUCGCGGACCGGCCGUGUGCCAGAACUGUCCUGGGGCCCUGGCGCAGCUUUUGGAAUCAUCGCCGCAAAAGGUGGCCGUCACGUAUGCUGGUCCCGGUGAGAAGGUCAAGGUGACGGCCGAGAGCUUGCGCAACGUGGAUGUGUUUGCCACCUCGUCGCCCGUUCCGCAUACAGACCUAGACGGCGCCUGGGCGGAAAUCCAAGACGCGGCCCCCGCGAUCCGCGACUUCGUCUCCCGGGGCGGCCGCUACAUGGGCGUCUGCCUCGGGGCCUUCCUCGCCGGCUUCUCGCCGGGCCUCGGGAUCCUCCCUGCCGGCACCGACGUCGACCGCGAGAUCGACCAGCGCCGCACGCAGGUGGCCAACGACUCCGACACCCUCAUCCAGGUCGACUGGACCUUCCAGUCCGACGCGGCCGGCCACGCCAGGGGCCAGACCGUCAGGGACCGCUGGGCCUACUUCCAGGACGGCGUCGCCAUCAAGGGCCUCCCCGGGGCGCGACGACGCGCCAGGGACAGGGCCGGCGGCGACGCCGUGCUCGCGCGGUAUUCCCAGUCCGGCGACGUCGCUGCCUCGCGGACCCCCCACGGCGACGGAUGGGUCGUCCUCGUUGGCAUCCAUCCGGAAGCAACCUCCCUGUGGUGUAAGUCUGGGGCCUCGCGUCCUCUGUUUCCUGUCCUGUCCUGUCCUGUCCUGCCCCCGCCCUCUAGGUCCGGUUUUGGCCUUCAAAUCUUGAUUCCUGACAAGAGGCUGGAAAUUGCUGUGUUUGGACUAGUAAUUGCGGCCGUGGCGUCUGGGUUAACCCCCACCCCUCUCCGCGACUACUACGAGUAG